AUGGCAGACACGAGCAAAUUCAUGGACGCUCCAGUCGCUCAUUCGCGGGUGGUGCCUGUGUCGGGAUCGACUUUCGCGGCGGCGCCGCCUCCUCCGCCCAAAAUACUGCAUUACCCUUUCUGGUUUGGAGGGUCUGCAUCAUGUUUUGCGGCGGCUGUGACACACCCUUUAGAUCUAGGUAUGUGUUUUUGCUAUGUUCGAUUACAAACACGUGCGCCCGAUGCGCCGAAGACGAUGCUGGGCACGUUUGGACAUAUCGUGAGACAUAAUGGAGUCACCGGUCUAUACAGUGGUCUCUCCGCUGCAAUUCUACGCCAGAUAACAUACUCCACCACCCGCUUUGGUAUAUACGAAGAACUCAAAUCCCGCAUCACCAAGAACUCAGACUCCCCCGCCGCGGCACCGGGCCUCCUCACCCUAAUCGGAAUGGCCAGUGUCUCAGGCUUCAUCGGUGGAUUCGCCGGUAACCCAGCCGAUGUCAUGAACGUCCGUAUGCAAUCCGACGCGGCCUUGCCACCCCACCAACGCCGAAACUACCGUAACGCCCUCCACGGCCUUGUACAAAUGACCCGUGCCGAAGGCUUCAAAUCCCUCUUUCGCGGUGUCUGGCCUAAUUCAACCCGUGCUGUGCUUAUGACAGCCUCCCAGCUAGCUUCAUACGAUACCUUCAAGAAAAUGUGUAUCGACAAGGUCGGCAUGAAGGAUAACCUCGGCACACAUUUCACAGCUUCAUUUAUGGCUGGUUUCGUUGCUACUACUGUCUGCAGUCCUGUGGACGUGAUCAAGACUCGUAUUAUGAGUGCUUCACAUGCCGAUGGCCAGGGACAAAGCAUGGUUACCUUGCUUCGUGAUAUUUGUCGCAAAGAAGGCCUUUCAUGGACUUUCCGUGGUUGGGUACCAAGCUUUAUUCGUUUGGGUCCUCAUACCAUUGCUACUUUUAUCUUCCUUGAAGAACAUAAAAAGUUAUAUCGAAGGUUGAAGGGGAUCUAA